CUAUUUCUUCAGCUGUCAGUGUCAGUACUUGUCAGUUGCAUUCUGGGAUAGGUUAUGUUAUGUUAAUGGAAGGCGUUAGAACGCUCUUGAGGGAGUGGUUUUAUCACUUUAACAACGUAAUGACGAAAAAUUUGGAUACCUCAAUUGGGGGAAGAUGAAAUUUAACGAAAGAGAACUUGUUCAAGCAAGUGUCGGACCUGCUGAUCUCGAAGGGCGACUUAACCAUAAGCGCGCCCACAAAUCGGGUUUCAAGGAAAAGUGGUUCAAAUUGAGGUCCAACCUGUUAUUCUAUUUCAACAUCAAUGAUUUGGGACAAAUUGCCACAAAGCAACCAUCGGGUGUAAUCGUUCUAGAAAACAGCAGUAUUAAUUUGGACACAACGUCUGAGGGAGCGUUUGCAUUCAGUAUAGCGUUUAGGGAUGAACAUGAAAAAAGACACGUCUUCAGUGCUCAAUCAGAGUCUAAAGUCGAAGAGUGGGUUACAACAUUGAGACAAUCCAGUUACGAAUAUUGGCGAUCCAGACUGAUAAUGUUGCAGGAAAGAUUGUGUAAUAAAACUGGUAAAGAUCCGUUAUUGAUGUACCCAAGGAAUCAAGGGGUUGUCAGAGAUCAAGCUUGGCAAAGUGUGCCCAGCUUUAGAUCUCAUGUCCGACACCUCAGAUCUUCUGUAUCAACGACAACCGGGAUCAAUACUGUUACUAGAGAAGCUAAUCUCAUUGAAUUUUGAUAAUACAUUUUCAGUCUGUGGAUUAAAUAACCUGAAAAAUGACUAUAAAAAAUGUGACUGCUGAUUGUGUUCUUGCGAUUAUUUGCUUUGAAAAAUAUAUAUCCGGCUACAGGUUGGAAAUACACUACAAUUUAUAUCAGUGAUGUGUCAGUGUGUUUAUCAUGAAAUGUGAACCGAUAUUCAGCAAUUACACAUGCAAUAGUUUUAAAGAAAUUACACAAUGUGUCCGAUGCAUGACAGGAAUUUAUCUGCAUUCACGAACUACGUGUGGUGACGAAACUAACAUUUUUCACUAUAGAAGACAACCGGGCAGACUGUCUCAUUUUGCUCCACUGAUAUUGCACAUUUACUAGUAUUUGAUUACUCUUAUGGUUGGGUAUAAAUAACGAAAUUAGUAGUUUUAUCGCUCUGUCGAGCUUGACAUUAACAACUAGCGUUCCAGGACAUCUGAAAAUAAUUUAUUCAUUCGCAAAGUAUAUUGCAAAAAAUAUCUUACCUGAGCUAAGCAAUGGAACACAUGUACUUAGUAUUUAAUAUUAGACUGUAUUUUAUAAACAAGAGAAAUACUGUAGGCUCUCCACUCAGUUCCUAGGUUAACACCUUGAUAACACUGAUACCAAAUACUCAUUCUAUUUAACAGUGACAAUUGUUACAAAUAUGAUCAUACUUACAUAAGGAGCGUAUAUAGUUUAAUCAUAGAUAAUAUAUCUAUGGUUUAAUACAAGGAAUGUAUUUUUUAUAAUAGGUUCAUUAAUUCGUUCCACCCAACGAAUUCAAGCAUCUGAAGUCAAUUAGCCACCAAUGUACAGAUUUAAAUCAAUUAAAAGGUCAGUUUGAGUAAAUUACUAGAAAUAUUAACUCCAUUUUUUGACCAACGAAUUAUGCUUCAUUGGACGAGAAAUAUAGCUAUUAUCUAUGCAGAACCGAAGAAAUAAUAAAUAAUCAAUUUUAUAUGGUUAGUUCAAAUUAUUAGUCCUGUUAAAAUUUUACAAAAAAGUUCUUCACCAAGCGAUAACAAUAUUCGUCUGAAACGAACGAAAGUCAUCGACGCCCAAAAUCCGACUAGAGUACAAAUUAUGCCCUUGUUAAAAAAAAGUACAAGGUCAGUGAGUGGAAAUUUGCAAGGGCUGAUGGAUGAGAGAUUAUCACUCGUUAGGCUAAAUCUGCGUAUGAAUGAUUCUUUCGCUUUAUGUCAAUAAAUGCAUGUGCCACUGUACAAUCGUAGAAUUUUUUUCUACACUUCAAAUUACGCUCCAUCAGACAUUAAUGUGUACAUGAUCAUUUGACAACGUAAUUAAUUGAAGACGCCAUGCAUGUGAUAAUCCGGACUACGCAUCACUGAUGACGCAUUUCUUAACAUCGACUUCGACGUACUGACCUAUUAUAUAUUAAAAAGAUAAUGUUAUCACGGUUGGUUAGUUUAUGGUCACUGAAAUAGAAUAUGAUAGUAAAAUGAUCAGAUAAACAAAUCAAUUAAACAAAUCUCAAUUAUAACGUCGCCUGAGUAAACAUGGAUUUCUGAACGCCUCUUCUGCUAGGAAUCCAACAAUAAAUAAAGUCAAUACGAU